AUGAAUUUUCAGGACCAUUUUCAUGUAUCGAAUCUUAUAAGAAAUCACAUUUCCAAAGGAUCACCAAAACAAGCUCUGCUUCUGUACGAAUCAAUCCGCCGCAAAGGAGUGUUCUUUCCUGGAUGGAUUCCUUUACUUCUAAAAGCAUGUGCUUGCGUCCCAAGUCUUGUCCUUGGGAACCUAUUACAUUCCGAAUCGAUCAAGUUCGGUGUUCACUCUGACGUCAUGGUGAGAACCUCACUGAUCAAUAUGUAUAGCAAAUGUGGACGCAUAGUCUCUGCACGUAAAGUGUUCGAUGAAAUGCCUGAGAGAAACAUCCCUACUUGGAACGCUAUGAUCGGUGGAUAUAUGGGUAACGAUGACACAGUCUCGGCCACUAGAUUGUUCGGAGAGAUAAUGGGAAGUGGAAAUACAGUGACUUGGAUCGAGAUGAUCAAAGGGUACGGGAAGAGAAACGAGACUGAUAAAGCUAGAGACUUGUUUGAAAUGAUGCCUCUUGAGCUUAAGAAUGUGAAGGCUUGGGCGGUGAUACUUGGAGGGUACGUUAGUAAUCGUGAGAUGGAGGCUGCUCGGAUGUUCUUUGAGGAUAUACCGGAGAAGAACUCUUUUGUUUGGUCUUUGAUGAUCUCUGGGUGUUUUAAGGUUGGUAAUGUGGAUGAGGCUAGAAGUGUUUUUAACCGUGUAAAGGUUCGUGAUUUGGUGAUUUGGAACAGUUUGAUCACUGGUUAUGCAAAGAAUGGGUACUGUGAUGAGGCUAUUGAUGCUUUUUAUAAGAUGCAAGGAGAAGGGUUUGAGGCGGAUGCAGUAACGGUUUCGAGUGUUUUGUCUGCUUGUGCUCAGUCUGGUCGUCUUGAUGUUGGCAGAGAGGUCCAUUCUCUGAUUCAAUUUAAAGGAAUUGAGCUUAAUGAUUUUGUUUCUAAUGCGUUGAUUGAUAUGUAUGCCAAGUGUGGGGAUCUAGAGAGUGCCAUGUUCGUGUUUGAGUCUUUAAAUCUGAGAAGUGUAGCGUGUUGGAACUCUAUGAUCUCGUGUCUUGCUAUUCAUGGGAAAGGCAGAGAAGCUUUAGAGAUGUUCAGAACGAUGGAUACAAAACCCGAUGAGAUCACUUUUCUAGCGGCUCUGACUGCUUGUGUUCAUGGAGGGUUUCUAGUGGAAGGUCUAAAGAUAUUCUUGGAGAUGAAGACCAAAGAUGUGGAACCGAAUGUGAAGCAUUUUGGAUGUUUGAUUCAUCUUUUGGGACUCUCAGGUAAGCUAAAAGAAGCUUAUGGAUUGGUAAGAGAAAUGCCUGUGAAACCGAACGAUACAGUUCUGGGAGCUUUACUUGGUGCUUGCAAGGUUCAUAUGGAUACAGAGAUGGCUGAACAAGUGAUGAAGAUAAUCGAGACUGCAGGAAGUGUCACAAACGGUGACAGUGAAAAUCAUCUUGUGUUGAUAUCGAACUUGUAUGCACAUGCGGAGAGAUGGCAAACAUCUGAAACGUUCAGAGUGGAAAUGGAGAAGAGGGGUCUUCAUAAAUCCACAGGACUAAGCUCUCUAGUUUUGACCUGAGUCUACAAGACGGAUCUGUUUCAGAAUCAAAGAACUAAAGACCCCUGAUGAUUAUGGAACAAGAACAUAUCCUCGUCGCCUGUAUUAGGCUAAGAGGGUGAACAUUACAAGAACUCAGGUGCGAAGAGAUUGGAAAGCUGGUGAACAUUGCAG